AUGAUGCCCUCCAUUGCCCACCGCAGCCGCGGCAUCGUCGUCCUCGCCGCCGCCGCCGCCACCACCGCCGCCCUCUCCUUCAAAUACAAGGCCGCCGCCAUCCGCGACAACGACAUUGCCCAGCAACAGUACAAGGCACCCAACGGCUACGUCAGCGUCGACCGCAGCGGCGGCGGCAUCUGA